ACGGUUGAAUAAAAGCCAUUGCAGCACAGGUGCAAUGAGUGACAUCUGCCCACUUACCUACAAAUAGUCAGGGUCAAACUGCCCGUGUAAGCUCUCAUCAGUGGAAGCAAAAUGGAUCAGAUAAGAUUUGGGGUCUCAUUUAAAACUGUUGUUUUUCAUUGUUUUAUCCUGAGGAGUGCGCUUUCCAUUCAGAAAAGAGAAUGGAUUGAUACCCCAACAGCAAGAUUAACAGAAGGAGAUGUGUCAUGUUUUUCUGAUUGCAUGGAGAUGUGGAUUCACAAUGCGAGGAUUGAAGGGCUGGGGCUCUGGCUGUCUGGGGCCUUAAAGAUCCGAGUCAACCUGGCUUCUCUGGAUCAACUCAACCUGCAGCUGUCUUCCUGUGGACUCUCACUGCACAAAGACCCUGACAACAACUUUAUUUUUAGAGUCAGCUACACUGGAUGUUUGGUCCAGCAACAGGAUGGCCAUCAUGUCCUGAAUUUGAAUUUGGUGAAGAGGAUAAACAGAUUUGGAGGCAGACCUCACAGUGUGAUGAUGAAGUGUCCGCUGGUUUCUGUGCUGCCCAGCAGAGAGAAGAUCCAGUGUGACCCGGAGUACAUCCAGGUGACCAGACAAGUUGCCUAUGACAACUGGGACAAUGAGCUGCAGUGGUCUCUGUCUCUGAGCGAUCAGCUGAUCGUGGCUCUGGAGGACGCCAGCCUGAUCCAGAUGAACAUCGACAUGAGAGGCUCAGACAUCACAGUCCAGGGCAGGAGGGGGGAGGUUCUGAGCCCUGUCACAGUGAUGGAAGAUGAGGGGGACUUCUUGGCCUUGAAGCUGGUCAGUGGUCAGUACGCCUACAGUAUGGAAGCUACAUGCCCAAAAGUGAACACAUCCACAGCAGAGGAGACUGUGCUGCACAUUUUCAAACGGCGUAUGGGUCUAACCAAGCGAGGCAGCCGGGACAACGAAGCUCUGACUGUCAGUGACGUGUGGGUGAACCAGACGGAUAACUUCACCUUGCACGAGACAAGUGCCUUUGUGACACUGAUUAUUCCUACUGCCCAAAUACUCCAGACCAAGACCUGUUCAGACAGCAAGCGCCUCCUGCAGCCGUUCUACCGGGUGGAUGUUGUGCUCACCUUCAAAGAGACACAUCACAAAAUGCAGUGGAGCAUGGAGAACACCCUGCCAUGCACAGCCAGGCCAGCUGCAUCACACAGGACCCCCCCUCCUCCUGGUCCCAACACCACAGCCCGCUCCACUCUGAACUUUAAACCCCAGAGUUCAGCUACAGAACAGACGCUGUUGGACCGCUUAAAUGUGAGAGCUCCAUACAAAGAAACAACAUCAACGUUUUCCACAACUAUUCCACCUCGCACACAGACUGAGGACAGCAGCUCUCAUUCCCACACUGAUGAUCUGUCAAAGAGUCAAAGUGGAAAUGUGUCUUCUUGGUUUGACGGAGACACCAAUUAAACUGAAAUAAGCUUUUUUGAUUCUCUAAAUGUGACCAUACGUACUUCAGGAGAUUCAGAUUUCCUUCAGUCAUCAGCUGAACCAUCAGAAACAUCUGCCCUCCAAACAGCUGCACCUGAACCAGGAUACCAACAAUUUGACA